ACAAAUGUGAGGCUUGAAAUUGUUAAAGCCUUAUUACAUCCUCCCGUGUGAAUAUGCUCAAGGCUAGAAUGCCCUUGGCUUACCUUAUCCUAUCUAUCCACACUUUUCUUUUUUUUUUGUUUUUUACUCAUUUUUCUAUCUCUCUCUCUCUCUCUCUCUCUCUCUCUCAUAAUCUCUUUUCUCUCCCUCUCCCUCCCUUUUUCUUUGUGUCACUUUGGUUAUUAGUAAAGCUAUUUCAAACCCAUUCCUAUUCAAUUCACUUCCCUUUAUCUUCAACGAUGAAUUCAAGUAUUGGCUUCUAGUUAUUUCCGUCCAAAAAGAAACUCUCAAAUUAAACAACAAUAUUUGUAAGUACCUUAAAUUUCUCUUAGUGCAAUCCAAUGGCUCCCAAGACCGGAAAAACAAAACCGCACAAAACUAAAGGAGAAAAAAAGAAAAAAGAAGAGAAAGUUUUACCGACGGUUAUUGAAAUUACGGUUGAAAUACCAGAUGGUUCACAAGUUACCCUCAAGGGCAUCUCUACAGACAGGAUACUGGAUUUGAGAAAGCUCUUAGCAGUCCAUGUUGAGACUUGUCACUUGACUAACUUCUCCCUAUCUCACGAGGUGCGAGGCGAAAGGCUGAAAGAUAACGUGGAAAUCGUAUCACUCAAACCAUGUCAUGUCUCAAUCGUUCAAGAGGACUACUACACGGAAGAGGUUGUGGUGACGCAUAUUCGCCGACUUUUAGACAUCGCAGCCUGCACCUCAGCCUUCGGGAAACUACCCUCCGGGCGAGGGUCAGUCGAAAAUGGAUCCCCAAAACCCAAAGCCAAUGAUCAGAAUUUGGACUUGGGUGGUGAUGUCUCCAUGUAUCCACCACCUAGACUUGGACAAUUCUAUGACUUCUUUUCCUUUUCAAACCUUACACCCCCAUUUCAUUACAUACGAAGAUCAAACCGUCCAUUCCUUGAGGAUAAGACCGAUGAUGAUUUCUUUCAGAUCGAUGUUAGGGUUUGCAGUGGCAAACCAACUACAAUUGUUGCCUGUAGGAAAGGAUUCUAUCCUGCUGGAAAACGUCCUCUUAUUAGCCAUGCAUUGGUGCCUCUCUUACAGCAAAUAAGCAGGGUGUUUGAUUCUGCGUAUAAAGCUCUUAUGAAGGCAUUUACAGAACACAAUAAGUUUGGCAACCUUCCUUACGGUUUUCGUGCAAACACAUGGGUUGUCCCUCCAGUUGUUUCUGACAAUCCAGGUGUGUUUCCCACACUGCCUAUGGAAGAUGAAACUUGGGGAGGAAAUGGAGGUGGUCAAGGAAGGGAUAGUAAACAUGAAAAGAGACAAUGGGCCAGAGAUUUUGCAAUCCUAGCUGCAAUGCCCUGUCAAAAUGCAGAAGAGAGGCAAAUUCGAGAUAGGAAAGCCUUUCUGCUUCAUAGUUUAUUCGUAGACGUAUCAGUCUUCAAAGCAGUUUCUGCAAUUAAGCAUUUUAAAGAUAGCAAACAAAGCUCUAUUAGUAAUGUUCCAUCUUCAUAUGAAGAAAGAAUCGGUGAUUUAACUAUUAAGGUGAUAAGAGAUUUAUCUGAUGCAAGCAUUAAGUUGGACUGCAAAAAUGACGGGACUCUGGUUCUUGGAUUAACCGAGGAAGAACUUGCUCAAAGAAACUUGCUUAAAGGCAUAACUGCUGAUGAAAGUGCAGCUGUUCAUGACACUCCUACUUUAGGUGCAGUAAUUAUACGACAUUGUGGCUACACAGCUGUGGUAAAGGUUUCACCUGAGACAGAUUCGGCGGGGAGUCCUAAUGGUUCUUUGGUAAUUGAUAUUGAGGACCAACCUGAAGGAGGUGCAAAUGCAUUAAACGUUAACAGCUUGAGGAUGCUAUUGCACAAGGCAUCCACACCUCAAUCAUCUAAUGCAAUCCAACGAGUCCAGAGCACUGAUGUCGAUAAUUCUCAUUCUGCUCGGUCUUUCGUAAAGCAAGUUCUCGAGGAAAGUUUUCUAAAAUUGAAGGAAGAGGACACUAGACGUAGCAAAUCUAUCAGAUGGGAGCUUGGGGCAUGCUGGGUACAACAUUUGCAAAGCCAAGCUACAGCAAAAACUGAGCCAAAAAAGGCCGAAGAAGCUAAACUUGAACCAUCUGUAAAGGGUCUUGGAAAACAAGGUGGGUUACUAAAGGAAUUGAAGAAAAAGAUUGACAUCAGGAACUCUAAAGUAGAACAAGGGAACGACAUUGACAUAAACAAGCCUGAUGCUACUCAACAGGAAUUUGAAAGACAAUGUGAAGAAAAGGAAACUAUAUGGAGAAAACUGCUUACUGAUGCUGCAUAUUCACGCCUUAAAGAAUCUAAAACUGAUUUUCAUCUAAAGUCACCUGAUGAAUUGAUGGAGAUGGCACAUAAAUAUUAUGAUGAUGUUGCACUUCCAAAGCUGGUGGCAGAUUUUGGAUCCCUUGAACUUUCACCUGUUGAUGGGAGAACAUUGACUGAUUUCAUGCAUACCAGGGGCUUGCAGAUGUCUUCCUUGGGACGAGUGGUUGAUCUUGCUGAUAAACUUCCUCAUGUGCAAUCACUUUGUAUACAUGAGAUGGUUGUUCGAGCCUACAAGCACAUCUUGCAAGCUGUUGUUGCAGCUGUUGAUAAUGAUUCUGAAUUGGCUUCAUCUAUAGCAUCAUGCUUAAAUAUAUUGUUGGGAACUCCGUCAUUUGAAACUAACGAUGCUGAUAUUACUAGUUGUGAUAUACUGAAAUGGAAGUGGGUAGAAAUCUUCCUUUUGAAGAGGUUUGGAUGGAAGUGGAAGUAUGAAAUUAGUAAAGAUUUAAGAAAGUUUGCCAUUCUUCGUGGACUGUGCCAUAAGGUUGGACUUGAGCUUGUUCCGAGGGACUAUGAUAUGGAUACAGCAUCUCCUUUUAGAAAGUCAGAUAUUGUAAGCAUGGUCCCCAUAUACAAGCAUGUUGCUUGCUCAUCUGCUGAUGGCCGAACACUGUUGGAAUCAUCAAAGACUUCCUUGGAUAAAGGAAAAUUGGAGGAUUCUGUCAACUACGGCACCAAGGCACUUUCAAAGUUAGUAUCAGUGUGUGGGCCUUACCAUAGAAUGACCGCAGGAGCUUAUAGUCUCUUGGCUGUUGUGCUAUACCAUACUGGUGAUUUCAAUCAGGCAACUAUCUAUCAGCAAAAAGCACUAGAUAUUAAUGAGAGAGAGCUUGGACUGGACCAUCCCGAUACCAUGAAAAGUUACGGGGAUCUUGCUGUUUUCUAUUAUCGUCUCCAACAUACUGAGUUGGCUUUAAAGUAUGUUAAUCGUGCAUUGUAUCUUCUGCACCUAACUUGUGGACCUUCACAUCCGAACACUGCUGCCACCUACAUCAAUGUAGCAAUGAUGGAAGAAGGAUUGGGGAAUGUCCAUGUUGCCCUGAGAUACCUUCAUGAGGCUUUAAAAUGUAACAAAAGAUUACUUGGAGCUGAUCAUAUACAGACGGCAGCCAGCUAUCAUGCAAUAGCCAUUGCUCUUUCUUUGAUGGAAGCAUACUCUCUAAGCGUUCAGCAUGAACAAACCACUCUCCAGAUAUUGCAGGCCAAACUUGGGUCUGAUGAUCUAAGGACUCAGGAUGCAGCUGCUUGGCUUGAAUAUUUCGAGUCAAAGGCUCUCGAACAACAGGAAGCUGCUCGCAAUGGUACACCUAAGCCAGAUGCCUCAAUCUCCAGCAAGGGUCAUUUAAGCGUGUCAGACCUCUUGGAUUACAUAACACCAGAUGCUGAUUUGAAAGCAAGAGAAGCACAAAAAAAGGCUCGUGCCAAGUUGAAAGAAAAACCAGGCCAAAAUUCGGAUACAGCUACAGAUGAAAGUCACAAGGAGGAAGAUGUGUCUAUAGAUUAUUCAAUUACUGAGACUUCAAGCGAUAAAGAAAAUAAAUCUGAAGCUCAAUUUCAAGAACAAAAGAUAGAUAAAGUUGAGUUCACAAAUUUAGACCAAACAAUGCUCAAUGAAGGCAAUAAACUGGCAGAGAGUGACAACUCAGAUGAAGGAUGGCAGGAAGCAGUUCCUAAAGGUCGUUCGGUCAUCGGGCGCAAGUCAUCUUCAUCAAGGAGACCUACCCUAGCAAAACUAAACACCAACUUCAUCAAUGUUUCUCAAUCAUCCAAAUAUCGAGGAAAUCCCUCAAACUUUUCUUCUCCAAGAUCAAAUUUAAAUGAGACUACUGCAGGGACGUCUCUUCCUGUUCCAAAAAAGUUUGUCAAGAGCACAAGCUUCAGUCCUAAGCUGAAUGGCUCUAACACCCCUACCGCUGGAGUGGAGAAGUUAGCAGACACAAAGUCAGCUCCAUCUAGCCCGGCUCCAAGCGAUCAAAUUGCUAAACCAGCUCCUGUUAAUGGUGGCAUCACUCUUCAGUCAACAAGUAAACUUUUUUCUUACAAAGAAGUUGCCUUAGCCCCACCUGGAACAAUUGUCAAGGCUGUGGCUGAACAGCCACCGAAAGGAAAUCCUAAUGUUGAACAAAAUUCUGAGGUGAGCCCCAUAGUAAUUGCAGAGAAGGAGAUCCAUAGUAAUGUAGGAGCCCCAAAUGAUAUUGAAGAGAAGGUUCAAAAUUCAGUUAAUGAGAACGCGCAAGAAUCUUUCCAUGGAGAAGAAAAAGAAAAGGAAGUUGUUGUGGUGGCAGCUAAUACAGCAACAUUAAAAAGUAUCGAGGUCAGAAAACUCCAGGAAGCAAACAAUGAUGUUGUUAUAGAGAAGAAUGUUGAAGUCGGAAACAUCACAGCCGUGGUGGUUGAGAAAUCUGAUAGUUUAAACAAGGCAACCAAUGCUACCUCCAAAGAUUCAUCAGAGAUAGAAGCACAAUCAACUUCCCUAACCGUUUCAGUUGAAAGUAAAAUACACGACAACGAUGCUUCUAUAUCAAAAGAGGUGGAUAUUGAAGGAGAAAAGCAAGAAGUAAUAGAAGGUGGAAAAGAACAAACCAAGAAACUUUCAGCAGCUGCACCACCAUUUAAUCCAUCCACAAUUCCAGUUUUUGGCUCUGUUCCAAUUCCAGUUCCAGUUCCAGGUUUCAAUGAUCAUGUAGGUAUUUUGCCUCCGCCGGUAAAUAUUUCUCCUUUGCUUCCACGGAGAUCUCUGCAUCAGUCAGCGACAGCUAGGGUUCCAUAUGGUCCACGGAUUUCUGGUGGCUAUAAUAGACAUUAUGGGAACCGCGUUCCACGAACUAAAAUUAUAUUUCCGUCAGGUGAGCAGUCCAGUGAUGGCAACCCUAACAGCCCUCCUACAAUAAUGAACCCACAUGCCUCAGAGUUUGUACCUGGACAAAUUUGGGUGACUCCUAAUGGAUAUAUAACUUCGCCAAAUGGCAUUCCAGUAUCUCCUAAUAGUUUCCCCCCAAUAUCUCCAAAUGAUGGUAGUCCUCAUGAUUCACUAAAUGAUAUCCCAGUGAACCAAACUGAGUUUGCAACAUCUCCAAAUAGUUCAAAUGAUUUAGCACAAGUUGAAAACAAUCUUCAAAAUGAAAAAGUUCUCGAUGAGCAAGUUACCAAAGCUUUGACAGCACAAGUCAGUUCUGAGAAGCAGCCAGUGGAGCAAAAUCCUCAACCUGACCCACAUGUCAGCACUGAAAAUGGUUGUCCUGAACUAGAAGAAAAGGAUAUAGUCCUUAGCGACCCAACUGAGGUUGAAGUAGCCAACAAAGACACGGUAGAUGAGGUAGAGUCAAGCAAAUGUUGGGGAGAUUACAGUGACAACGAAGCUGAAUCAACUGAGGUUAAGGAAAGUUAAAACGUUUCUUGGUAAUCAAGAAACACUUUUUGUUGCAAAGGUAUCAAAGAUAACAAAAUGUGAUUGAUACAAGGGAUUGACUAGAUUGCAGUUUUCAUUGUCCGGAAUUAUUCAUGGUAGAACUGAUUACUAAUAAUGAAAUGUGGAAGAAGUUUCAUCCAUCUUGGUUGGUACAUAUUGAUUGAGGGGAUUCAAGUUUAAUUAAGGCCUGUUUUUGCGAAGAAAGUCGCAAACAAGACCACGGAAGAUUUGGUGAGUAGUUUUUUAGUAAUGUGUUUCAAAUUCUUUUGAUCUGGAUCUGCUAUAGCUGUAUUUUUUUUUGCAUGUUUAUGUUUCAUGUUAUGAUACUCUGAUGACAGUUGAUGACUAUGUUGCACGGAAAUAAUGUCUUAUCUCUGUCUUUUCGAACUUUUUUAUCAUUUAUAUUUUAAACUUGUAUUUUCCGUGUGAUGAAUAACAAUGUUGUACAAGUUCAAAAAUCAAAACGGUGUACUUGAUAAUCAUAAA